CUUAUCUAAAACGAAACGGCUAAGAAAUCCCCACCUUCACUUCACCCACAAACUAGCCGGACAAGCGAACAAAAGGUGUAAGAGCUUACGACCGACGCGGCCAAAUCGAGAUAAGAGCAAGAUGACGUCGUCGACGGCGUUCAGCCAACUGUUCCCUUCCGCCGCUGCGGUAUCCCCCGUCCCUCGCUGCGUCUCCCUGCAGCUCUUCUGCGCCAGCGGUGGAGUUGUCCCUGGAUGGAGGAGAAGAUGCCGCCGCAUGGCCAUGGUGCGCGCGGCCACCGUGGAUGCUGCGGCGCCCGCCUACACCUCCGAUUCCCUCAUCCUCUACUUCAAGGCGGAGGGCACCAUGGAGGAGAGGGCCAUUCCCAAGAUCACAGAAUCUCUUGAGGGUAUGGAGGGAGUCAAGGACCUGGAGGUGCUCAUUGAAGAAGGCAUAGGGAGCGUUGUGUUAACAAAGGAGACAACUGUGCAAGCUACUGGAGUAGCCUCGAACCUGGUGGAAGCUAUCCAGGGAGCUGGGUUCAAGCUGCAAACUCUAAGCUUGAGCUUCGAUGAUUUCGACGAGCCAGCAGCAGGAGCGGGAGGCACUGUCCAAUCCAGCGAGUGAGCUAAUUUGUGGUGCCGUGCGUGGUGCCAAAUGCAUAUAAUUCGGUCUCCUGAUUUUGUUUACCCUGCUCCUUACCUUUGAUUUCCCAAGCACGAUCUUGUUUUUUUUUUGGCAAAUGGUCGAGAAAUCAAUGAAUAUUUUUAAGGAAAAACAUUUGUUUUUUUUGGCUGAUUCGUGAAGUUAGUGAUGGCUUAAGUAAA